AGGACACUUUUCUCUUUGAGUUAACUAAGAAACCAACAGCUACAACAUGUCUGGACGUGGAAAGGGAGCCGGUAAGACCAGAGCGAAGGCCAAGACCAGGUCCUCCAGGGCCGGGCUCCAGUUCCCCGUCGGCCGUGUCCACAGACACUUGAGGAAGGGUAACUACGCCCACCGUGUCGGCGCCGGAGCUCCGGUGUACCUGGCGGCGGUGCUGGAGUACCUGACCGCUGAGAUCCUGGAGCUGGCCGGCAACGCGGCCCGCGACAACAAGAAGACCCGGAUCAUCCCCCGGCACCUGCAGCUGGCCGUCCGCAACGACGAGGAGCUCAACAAGCUGCUGGGCGGAGUGACCAUCGCUCAGGGCGGCGUGCUGCCCAACAUCCAGGCGGUGCUGCUGCCCAAGAAGACCGAGAAGGCCGCUAAGAAGUAGAGGCCCGGACCACAACAACAACAACAACAACGGCUCUUUUAAGAGCCACGCACACAACUAAAGACAACAUCCUAAUUGUAUUUAAUAAGUAUACAUGCACAAUUUUGUCUAUAUAAAAUCAUGAAAUGUUUUAUUGUCAUUAACCAUUUUAAACAAUUAAUUGUGCAACCUAUAAAUAGCUGGAAAUACUUUUCAUAGCAGCAGUAAAUGUUGACUUAUUGGAAAUGUAUAUUUUCACUAGUAAGUAAAAAUACAGCUAAAUAUUUAGACCAUGUGACAUGAUUA